AUGGAAUUCGAUGAAGCAGAAUUGAAAGAAAUUGCGGCAGAAUUUGCAAAGGAUACCAUAGAGCAAGAUUCAAAUUUGAAAGAUAUCGAAAGUGGUCCAUCAAAAGCAGCAUCUACAAAAGCCUUUUCAACAACUCCGACACUCCUGGUAAACCCAAAACAACGAGGAAAUCCAGUAUUAAAAUCUAUAACACUAGUUGCUUGGGAAUAUGAUGAUAUUGUUCCAGAUUAUCAAAUGGGGGCUCAAAUAUGUGCUUUAUUUCUUUCAUUGAGAUAUCACAAUUUGAAUCCAGAUUAUAUACAUGAAAGAUUAAAGCUGUUGAAGAAUUUUUAUAAAUUGAGAAUUUUGUUAGUCCAGGUGGACAUUAAAGAACCUCAUCAUGCACUUAAAAAUUUGACCAGAAUUUGCAUUUUGGCCAAUAUGACACUUAUAUUAGCUUGGAGCCCUGAUGAAGCUGGAAAAAUACUUGAAACUUACAAAAUAUAUGAAAACAAACCACCUGAUAAUGUUAUGGGUAAAUCUGAAUCUUCGCCCUAUUUAAAAGUGAUUCAAGCUUUAUCUUCUAUAAAACCAGUAAACAAAACUGAUGCAAUCAAUUUACUAACAAGAUUUAAAACUCUGGAAGGCAUUAUUAAAGCCACAGAGUUUCAAUUAUCAGAAUGUCCAGGUUUUGGUACCAGGAAAGCUAAGAAACUUCAUAAAGUUCUAAGGGAAAAUUUCUGUACAUAA